AUGUCGUCAGCGUCAAGACCAUACAAGAUCGCCGUUCUGCUCUGUGAUACGCCUCUUCCGGCUAUCCUCGCUGCAAAUGGAAACUACGGGGCUGUCUUUGAGAAGCUGUUUCGCAACUCCCUCCCAUCCUCCAGCAUCCCGGACGCGGAGUUCACAGUGGAUGCGUACGACAUCAGAAACGAACAAGUGUACCCUGAGGAUGUCGAUCAGUACGAUGCAGUGCUGCUCACAGGGUCAUCGGCAUCGGCGUAUGAGAACUUAGAAUGGAUCAACAAACUCAUACAGUACGUUCGCUUUCUGGCCAAAGAAAAGCCGGAUAUCCGCAUCUUCGGGAUAUGCUUCGGGCACCAGAUCGUCGCGCGCGCACUGGGCGGUGAGUGCGUGCCCAACGACGGGAAAUGGGAGAUUGGAGUGACCGAGAUCGGACUGACGGACAUCGGCAAGAAGCUCUUCGGCGUAUCUGGACUGAACUUGGAACAGAUGCACCGCGACCACGUACCAGAUGUCCCGCCUUCCUUCCAUCUCCUAGGCUCCACGCCCGUGUCUCUGAAUCAGGGCAUGGUGCAGCUGUAUCCGGGCGCGUCGCCGGACUCGCUCUCGCCCGCAGACGUGCACAUCUUCACGGUGCAGGGCCAUCCGGAGUUCCACACGAAGAUCACGCAGGAGAUCGUGAAGGCACGCUCCUCCACGGGGUUGCUAGACAAGAACAUCGUGGACGACUACUGGCGGAGAGCAGACAACCGCAACGACGGGCCUGGGGUGGUGGGGAAGACGUUAUGGGAGAUGCUGCGUGCAUCCAGGGAGGCGGCGGGCUCGCAUAUAGGGAAGCAGACCGCAGUAUGAACGGUCAUUGUAUCUCCGGGCAUGAAUCUAUGGACGUGUCGC